AUGGCGGAAAAACAUCCCAUCCAUGAUUAUACAAAAGAUGGAGAUAUAAUCCGUAAAGUAGAGAAUACACAUUUUCUUGUACAUAAAUCUAUCCUUUCACUUGCUUCGGAAUUUUUUAAUGAUUUAUUUACUCUUGCAACACCUAAUUCAAAUGAAAUAAUUAAAAAUACAACCGUUAAUGAAAGUGAAGGCUCAAUUCUUAUUCUCGAGAUUGUUGAAGAGGAUGUCACUUCAAUUCAAGAUAUGCUGUCAUUUAUUUAUCCAAAUACAAUAUUGCAUAUCAAUUGGAAAAAUGUUGAAAAUUUGCUUCGAAUCGCUGAUAAAUUCGUGAUCAACAAAUUGUCGGAUGCUUGUGACUUCUUUCUUCAAAACAACGUUGUUGAUAAUGUCCUUACCUCUUUUAUACUCGCAGAUCAAUAUCGUUUACCAAUCCCUUUCAAAGAAUCUUCAAAACUUAUUUUAAAUGAUUAUUUCAAAUAUGAAAUUGAUAGCAAAUUUAAAAGAAUUUCAAAAGAAACACGUGAAAAGUUGGAAGAUUCCUGUUAUUUUUUUCAUACUGCCUUAAAUAAGAUUCAUUUUUAUUUUGGUAAUGAUGAUUAUAAUAAUUAUUACUUAAAUAAUGCUGUUCAAAAGGUAUGUGUUUAUCCUGCACCAAAUCCAUCAGUUGUAUAUAGUGAGUUUAGUUCUAUUCAAAUUUUGUUAUUCUCAUCUAAAAGACCAAAAGCUUGA